AUGGAGAAAAUCGUUCCCAUAGAAGAUAAAAUAGUCACAUUUCAUGUCCAUCUACCGGUUGAUAUUGAAAAACAUGGGCAACCAAUUGUUAUAGGCAAUGGAAAAGAAUUAGGAGAAUGGAAACUUCCUAUCAUAAAACUUUUUCGUCCAUUUCCUAAUAAUAAUCCUACCUACUGGAAAUCUAAAUCAAUCGUUAUAUCAAACGUACCUCAUAUUUUACAAUUAAGUUAUAAUUACGCUAUUCAUGUUCCGUCUUCAAUUUUUCAAUUGGAAGAUGAAAAGGUCUUGUUCGAAAGCUCUGAAAAACGUUCGUUAGAUGGAAAGAACCAAUUUGAUGUCUGGAUUAAUGGGAAUGAUCUUUUGAAAAAAUUUCAUUUUAAAUCUAUUGCUGAUUAUGCUUUCGUAGAUUGCAUUUAUAAACAAAUCACACCUGAUAAUCUAAGUGAGAGUGUUGAGGAUUAUAUAAAAUUAUUAAAAAGUCACGAGGAUCUUACAAUUGGUUUUUCAAAUUACAAUUAUAUAGUCAAAAAUAUCAAUGAUAUCUCAUCGAGGGAUCAACGACUUUUCUUAUGUCUCUUGUUGGGAUUUUACAUUUCGAGAGAACAUGUUACAUAUAAUUUACCGCAAAAUUUCAAAUCAGAUGUUUUAAUUGAUGCUUUCGUAGACUACAAGAAAGAUAUAUUAUGUUCCGAUGAUAUCGUUAACUUUAUCAUUAUAGCCAUCUCGUGCUUGAUUCAACACAAUGCUUUUCAAUCAAAAUUAAAAUGGAUCGAAAUUCUUACCAUCGUCAAUGAAAUCGAUCCGGAAUUUUCUUUUUUGGAGAAUUUAAAAGAUGUUAAAUAUAACGAUUCAGAUUUGUGCAAAAUUGCUGAUAAAAUUAAACCUUAUAUUAGCAGUAUUAAACCUGAAAAUGCGAUGAAAGUUACUCGAUGGUUGGUACGUCAAUGUGAGAAUAUUAAACCUCUUUUUGAGGUUUGGGAUAUCUUCCCCGUUAGAAAUAAGCAAAUCUCUCAAUACUUCAUUUAUCAAGUUCAGAGUAUCAUUUCUAAUAACCACGCAAACGACUUGUUAUUUAACUAUUCGAAAAUUCCAUGUGAUUUCCAAGAUCGUGUUUCUUAUACUUUCCGAAAACGAGCUUUAUCUUUACUUAAAAACCUUGACGAAUGUUGGACAAUUUCAGAUGUCUCCGCCCUGCGAAAACUUUUGCUUCAAGAUAAUCUAAACUGGAAUCACAGUGAUAUCAUGUCUUUCCUGAAAUUGAUGUCUCGUACUCAUAAUUUGGAAUUAUCAAAUAAUUUUCCCGAAUUUUUGAAUGAUUUGCUCAGCAUCAAAAGCUUUUCCGACGUUGAAAUGAAAAAGAUAUCUGCCAUUUGUAAAGACUGGUUCAAAUUACUUUUAUCCAUUAAAAUUACCAGUUUGUCAGAUGAAAAUAAAUAUGUCUUUAUGAUAUUUCAACAAUUAGAUCACAUGUAUCCCUUGUUUAAACAACGGAUCAAUAUUUGGAGAGAUUUAUCAACAAUUGCUUUAGAUAAGGUGAAAGGUUACUCGGAAUCUUGUAUCUUGGGUGCGACAAAAUCUAUAAUUGAGAUACAAGAAAAAGAAGUCAAUAGAUUAUUUACCCAAAUUAUCAAAGAGAUAUUGAACAAUGAGAUUCAGCAGGCUGAUGAUCAAUUAAUGAGCAAGAUAUUUUUAAUCUGUGACUGCAAAGACAAAUCGCUUGAAGUGCCACACGCGUUGUGCGAGGAUAUCUUAUGUCAUAUUAUGUUUAUAUUACGAAACCAAUUGCCCAUAUCAGAACGGCAUUUAUCUAUUCUCAAAUCGAGUCAAUUUUGGAUCACCAUCUUGAGCGCUACCGGAAGCAAUGCGAAUCUUCGUUCAAACUCAUUGGUUCAGCAAGUUCAAACGUCUAUCGUCGAACUUGACAGGAUGCUCCUAGAAAAGACGAUAGAUAUGCAAUUAUUACAACAAAUUUUGGAAUACUCUGACGACAUGUUAUCACAGCAUUUUAAAGCUGCCAUAAAAGGUGAUCGGGAAAUUACAACAUUUAAACCAUUCAGAAAGUUAUAUCUUGAUUAUAAAGAUCGAAUCGCUCAAUUAUCCGAUUUUUAUAAGGAAUUCUGUUCGAUUCCUCAAGUUACCGACGCAAAUGAUUUCAUUCAUGAUAUACAAAAACUUGUGCAAAAUUCGAAUAAGGUCACGUUGAAACAGGUGUCAGGACCGGAUUAUUGGAUAUUUCAUGAGAAAGCAUUGGACAGUGCAGCUCAUUGCUACAGACUUAAACGAUCUCAAACCUUUCGAAAUAUCUAUGAAGAUUAUCUUCAGAAAAAUUCUACCGUAAUUAAUGUAGAAGAUAUAGCACAAAAAUUUAUGCCAUCCGUCUUUAAAAAGUAUGAUGCAAUGUGUAAAAAAUUUGAAAGUUGGGAAGUAGUUAGUUGCUCUGAAGCAUUAUUAUCUUGGAAGAAUAUUAAAAAUAUUCAUGAUGAAUUUAAAUUAACAGAGCUAAGUCCUUACAAAAAUUCAUCACUUUUACAUGCUCUUGAAAUCCUAGUGAACCUUCCCCAAUGGACAGAAAGAAUUGAGCAAUUGAAAAAAAUUUUCCAAAUUUUCUCGAUACAACUUCAAUCAAAUGAUAUUUUAAAAUAUGAUUCCUUGGUACUCGGUCAAUUAAAUCAAUUUGUUAAAGACCUUGAAAGCAAACAUUAUCAUAAGGUUGACCAAAACUGUUGGAAUUUGAUAAAAGAACUAUCAAUUGCCGAGGAUUUUUUGAAUUUCUUAAAAAUAAUUCCUGAUCAAGAUAUUAAAAAAUUGAUUAAUGAUCAUUCUGAUGAAAUGUUAAUUCAAGAGGAUACCGUGUUGUCACUAAUUCACGUUAAAAAAAAUAUAUUUCCGCUUAUUAAUAAUCCUAAAGUCACCGCUGACGAAUUUUUGGACGAAUUACAACUAAUUGUUAAGAAGAAUUCUACAUUAGCAUGCAAACUUGCAUGGUGUAUUUCUAACAAUGCGAUAUUACAAGAGAUGCACUGCAACAUUUUAAAUCAUGAGCAAGAUACUAUAGAAAAAAUCAAGAACGCCUCUUUCAAUGGAACUUACAGCUUUGCGUUUGACGAGAAAAAUGACAAGUGUUUGGUAACAUUGAAUCAUUCCUCGUCGACUAUAGAUAUAAAUGAAAUUCCGAACUUGCGUGACAAAGCUCUUUUAUUAACAAAAUCAGACAGCUUUGAUAAAAACACCUUAAUUGAAUUACCUGACUUUGUUCAAAUCGUUAAUUUAGUUACAUCAUUAAUGCAAAGAGGGCAUCUUAACUAUCGAAAAUUCGAAAAGAAAAUAGAAGAUAUUGAGUCUGCCAAAAAAUUUCUUACUGAGUUAUAUAAUGAUUUAGAAAAAUGGGAAGACACUCUGACUCAGGCUCAAAAACGAUGCUAUUAUUUGACAUUCUUCACUGGUUAUCAGAUUUUUUCAUUUUACGAUUAUUUCACAUCAGAACAAUUAGACGAGAAGAACGCAGAAAUGUGCCAAACGCUGAUUAGAUUUGUAAAUAGUAAUGCACAAUUACCGUCGCAUGGGAAUGUAAAAAUAUCAUGUGAAUCUGAUCCUCUUGAGAUACUUUGUGAGAUUGGUUAUGAACUAGAUAUUAUUUUUAGAAAUGUUUCAAAAUCAGCGCGUAAGCUCGAAGUCAUUCGACAAGAAGAGAUCUCGAGCGGUAAAUUAUUUGUUGUAAACUAUAAGGACAGAUUAUUAAUUCCAAAUGCAAUAAUGUCUCUGUAUUCUAAGAAUGGAUAUUAUCCCGAACCAUGGCAAAUCUUGUCAUGUACUUCCUCAACUACUGCGGAUGAGCUUAAAAUGUUCAUUAACAGAAGCUUCCUUGCCGUAGAUAAUGGAUAUAAAAUGCAAUUGGAAGAGUCAGAUGAAAAAUUUUCAUUAGCACUCCUGUGUUGUCAAGAAUUAGAAAUGCCUAAUUAUAUUUUAGAUCAAUAUUCUUUAAGGAUUAAAAAGAUUGAUAUGUUGUCUGUCGAAAUCAUGCAAGAAAUUUAUCAAGAAUUUUGUCCAAAUAUAUUAUGUGUUUCUUCAGAUUUAUCUGGUCAAGGAAAGACCGAAUGGAUCAAGGAAUCUAGCUUUUCUAAACAAAAACUUCCGCACCUUUUCUUGAUUAACGAUGGCAUGGAUCUUAGGUGUCUCGUAAAUAAGCUUGAAGAAUGCAAACUCAAGUGUGUUGAAAGUCUACAUAUUAACAUCUUAUCUGUUGAUCACCCUGAAGACGUGAAUCAAUUUUUAUUUGAAUUAUUGACAUUUAGAAUGGUUUCGUAUCAUAAAAUGACUGUUUCGAUUCCCGAAACCUUCAUUUAUAUUGAAAUUUCUUCAUCGAUAAAACAGCAACUGCUUAAUUGUCUUUCUGUGUUGAGAUUUUUACCGUUUGAGCAUUUAUCUUGGAACAUUGAAAAUUUUAAAGUAUCGCAAGAAACAACAAGCCCGAUUCAAAUCGUAUGUCAUUAUUUGAGUUUAUAUGAUGGAGAGAUUGAUGUAAAAGAAGUCACCUUUAAUAUAUUAAAAGCCGUCCCUCAUCCUUUAUCUACCGACCUUUGUCAAAACCUUAUCAUGAAAUAUUUUUUGAACACAAAUGAUAAAAGCGUAUUAUCAUUUAGAUAUUUAGAAAUCUUCGUUAAUGUUCUAGCUGAUCAAUUAAUUAGACUGUCUUCAUGUCAAUAUUUUAUGAUUGACAAUCUUAAAUUAACGACAAAAGAAGAUAAUAUCAGGUCAACGAUACUGAAAUCAUUGAUACAAGUUUCAAAAGAUUUUGCAAUUAAAUCCAUCAAGAUAAAGGCAGCGCAAUUAGAACCUAUAACGGCUGAAGAUGAGUCUUCGUAUAGUGUUAGAAUUGAUCAAUGGGAUGAUUUAAAUUAUCUUACAAUAUUUCCCAAUCAAACAUCGGAUUUCUGUUAUGUAUUAUAUAAUGAUAAGACUAAAAUUCCUGAUAACAUUAAAUUAUUAUUAAAGGGUCAAGCAAUUGGUAAUCCAAAAAAUUGGAAAAUAGAUGAUUAUGAUAAAAUGUCCGCGAGUUCACUCUUGAUGAAACUGGAAGGAAUGGCUCGUACGUCAACGCAAAAAUUAAAUCCGUCAGAAUAUAUCUUGACUAGUGAUAAUCUGAUAAAGAUGGCGCUGAUUCUUUUAAGAGUUCGCGUGAACAUUCCAAUAGUAAUUUGCGGUGAAGCGGGAUGUGGCAAGACGAGUUUAAUUACGUAUUUAGCAAAAUCGACCGAAGUUCAAUUUCAAGCGCUUAAUCUUCAUGCUGGAAUUGAUGAAGAAACUAUUACAAGAUUUAUGUCGGACGCUUUGAGUAAGGCCAAAGAAGGCGAAGUUUGGAUAUUAUUUGAUGAAAUCAACACAUGCAGUUGCUUAGGUAUACUCGCAGAUUUGAUAUCUAACAGAAUGUUUCAAGGUAGACCUAUACACCCAAAUAUUCGUUUAUUUUCUACUUGCAAUCCAUACCGUCUUAGUGCAAGAGCAACGGAUAAAAAAUAUGAAGAACAAAGUAACCUUGUUUAUCAGGUUAAACCACUUCCUGAUCAAAUUUUGGACUACGCAUGGGAUUAUAGCAUUCUAAAUCCAAGAGAUGAAUAUGAGUAUAUUCAGAUUAUGGUUGAAAAAGAAUUAAAAAAAUCGAGCGAUUCCAUAUUUUCCGAGCUCAUUUACGCUUCCCAGACAUUCAUUCGUAAAGUUAAGGAACCAUACAGCGUUAGUUUGCGUGAUGUCAAGCGAGUUAUAAAGUUGGCGAACUUCUUUUAUGAUUCCCUUGAGAAAAGUUCGGGUUUUGGACGUAGAUUUCCGUCUGGAAGUCCAACCAUAAGGAUUAGAUCUUACGUUUUGGCGCUUGGCCUUUGUUAUCAUUCUCGAUUAUAUGAGCACGAAUUACGCAAAAAGUAUUGUUACGAAAUGGGGCAAAUAUUUCAAACUCAUGAUAUUAAAGUAGGGGAGGAAAUAUUUAUUAAAAUUAUUCGUGAAGAACAGGAAUAUUACUUUAGCAGGAUGCGAUGCCCUCCUAAUGUAGCAAAGAUUGAAGUUUUAUUAGAAAAUAUUUUGGUUUUAAUCGUUUGUAUUUUGACUAAAAUUCCUGUAUUUGUUAUCGGAGAAACGGGAUUAUCUAAAUCUUUAGCUGUUCGUCUAAUAAGUUCAAAUUUACGCGGGCCCGAAUCAAGUGAUGAUUACUUUAAGACUUUACCAAAGUGCAUUCUUGUCAUGGAUGAGAAGAAAUUAACUUCAGCUAAUCAAUCACUUCUCAAUCGAUUCGAAAAACAAAGAUUAACUAUUGGUGAUGUUCUUAUCGAUAGACAACAAUCACUUGUUCGGCAAUUAAAAAGUUGGACAAGACGACUAUCCACUUUUAAAGAUGAUUCAUCGAUUCGAUUACAUGACCGAUCUACGCAAAAGAAUCUUUUCAUUGGCAUUGAUGAUGAUGAAAAUUUACAGAGUUUAGUUUUAGAUCUUACAAAGUAUUGUCCUGAUGCUGAUGAUAAAAAUAUUUUAGAAAAAUGCAAGAAACGUUUAACGGCGGUGAUAACAUCGGAUGGGAUUGUGAGAGCCGAACAAUCAGCUUUGACUCCGGAAGAAAUCAAAAUGUUGAGAUUUUACUAUUUUCAACAACAGCUUCAACUAGAAGGGUCGAUUGAUCAUGAUAAACUUGAACAAAGCCUUUUCAUACAAGCAAUUAAUUUUUUAUUACAGAAAAUAAGUGAUGAGGAGGAAUAUGAGCAAGAUCUGGAUAUAAUUUUGUCUCUAGUUGAAAGAAUGAAUGAUACAACUAAUAUGACGAACCUUCCUUUACUACUUAAUUUAUUACACCAGAAAUCAUUGAAUUGGUUUUUGAUCACAUAG